GGAAAGACCCAAACCCGAUCUAUAAGGAACUAAUCGGCCCGGAAAGUGUUGCAGCGUUUAUGCGAGUGAACGUGCAGACAGGUAUUGUUUAUGGGACUCACGCUUUUACACUCACUCGACGUGCUCUAAUACAAACGCUCUUUCGCCAUUGAAACCCAAAUCCAGAAAACGGAACACCGAUCAAAGAUGUGGAGGCGUUUCACUUCACUCCCUCUAUUCUUUUCGCAUCUUCAACAGGUGAGAAGAGCUGAUGAGCUGAAGAUUUGUCAAGCAUUUUGUACUGAAAUUGUCAAACCGCCGGUAGAAGGUGAAAGUAAUUCCAGAAGAAAUAACCCUUUUGUCGCUUUUGUAUUGGGAGGUCCUGGUAGUGGUAAAGGCACUCAAUGCCUGAAGAUUGCUGAAACUUUUGGGUUCGAUCACAUAGGUGCAGGAGAUCUAUUGAGGAAAGAGAUGCAUUCUGACUCUGAGAAUGGUGCCAUGAUUCAAAAGUUAAUGAAGGAAGGAAGUAUUGCUCCAUCAGAGGUGACUGUCAAGCUGAUUAAGAAGGCAAUUGAAUCAGCUGAAAAUCGUAAGUUUCUAAUAGAUGGUUUCCCAAGAAGUGAAGAGAAUAGAGUGGCGUAUGAGAGGAUUAUUGGUGCUGAACCAAACUUUGUGCUUUUCUUUGAUUGUCCUGAAGAAGUAAUGGUCAAACGAGUAUUGAACCGGAAUGAGGGGCGAGUUGAUGAUAAUGAACAUACAGUCAAGGAGCGCCUAAAAGUAUAUAAAGCUAUAACUCUUCCAGUAGCAAACCACUAUGCCAAGAAAGGAAAGCUUUACAAGGUCGAUGGUACUGGAACUCAGGAAGAGAUAUUUGAACGAGUCCGUCCAAUUUUCGCUUCAUUGAGGUUGUCGACAUAAAUUGAUUCCUACAGAAGCAAGUGAUAGUAAUUAAAGAAGUUGAAUUUGCUGUAGAAAAGCACACUAGAAUGUAGAUCAAUUCAUGGAAGAUAAAGUGAAAAGGCUAAUUGCUAGUCCAAGUUUUGCUAUUUGUUCCUGCUUUUCUGGUGAAAAAUCUAGAGUCAAACUGCCAAUCGUGAAGAUAAAAUCCGCCUCCUCUGUUGCCAAUCUUUAGGCAAACCAAACCUACCAACUAAUAUAGAUGAUACCUCUCAUCCAGCAAGUUUACUGUUUGUCCUUUUCUUUUCCUUUUUGUUGUAAUUGUUACACAUUACGUUUACUUCUUUCAUGCUAUAACCAGUAUUGCAUACACACACGCGACAUGCAUAAGAAUAACAGUGUUCAAAUACAUUAUUUCUGCAGUUGAGAGUCCUGCAAAUUGUGAUAAUUUCAUGGAAGACGUUGUAAAAUAAAAUUACAGGCAAUUUUAAUGAUCUCUGUCC